CAAGGUCAAGAAGUGAGUAACUUUCUUGUGUUCCCUCCUCCUUUCCCUAUCCCCCAUUCAAUUCUUUACCUAACGCAAUUCCCAAUUCAAUCUCCCUUUUACUUCUUCUUCUCUCUCACCAUUUUCUUCUACUUGUUGUGCCCCUUUCUUUUCAGAUUUUGAUACUGUAAGUAUAACUAACUUUAUUUUUGAACAGGAAAUGGAUUACUCCGGCAACUGUCAAAGUUUUGUUUCCGGCGAUGACUUGUUCGUUGACGAACUUCUUGACUUGUCUAGUGGUUUCCCUGACGACGAAGGAAAUCAAAAUGAAAAUGAAAGCAAGUAUUCGUCGUCGCCACAGAUUAAGGAAAGUGACAAAGAAACUGUUAUUAUUCCUUCUGUGAAACAAGAUUUUGGUUCUCUUCUUGGUAGUGAACUCAGUCUUCCUGGGGCUGAUUUGGAUAACCUAGAAUGGUUAUCUCAUUUUGUGGAAGAUUCAUUUUCGGAGUAUUCACUUACAUACUCUGCUGGAAACCUACCGGAAAAAGCUCUCGAAGUUCAUUCAGACGCAGAAAUUCCGGUCCCAGAGAAGCCCUGUUUCACCGUUCCGUUUAGUGCCGAACGAGAGAAAAGUAGUAGCCGAAUUUGGCCGCCGUCAAUGUCAUUUUCUUCGUCUUCCUCCACUACAGCCAACAAUUUUUGGGGUCAGUUAUCGGAAAAUAAACCGGCGGCGAGAAAACUGAAGAAGAAGAUGGAGAAACGGGUAGGAAUUGGGGCAAAACAGUGCAGCCAUUGUGGGGUGCAGAAGACUCCACUAUGGCGGACCGGUCCAUUAGGUGAGAAAACACUUUGCAAUGCAUGUGGGGUCCGGUUUAAAUCGGGUCGGCUGUUACCAGAAUACCGGCCGGCGAGUAGUCCGACGUUUUCGACCGGAUUACAUUCGAACAGUCACCGGAAAGUUUUGGAAAUGCGGCAGAAGAAGGAAACUGAACCGGGUCCGCCGGUUCAGAGUUUUUAAGAAAUUUUUAUUAUUAUUAUUUUAAAGAUUAGAUAAUUUUAUUUUUCAAGGUAGGGUUUUGAACUUCAAAGUGUUAGUGCAGAACAAAUUUAAAAGAAAAAGGGAGAUUAUGCUUUUUA